CGAUUUAAAUUAUCAACUAGAUUUUUGCCGAUUAACCAAAACGAAGAAUAUCAUCGGAAUCUUGUUCGCCCACUGCUUCGCGCAGUUUCAAUCGAUCGAUCGAGAAACGAUUCACGAUCGAGGCGGGCGUUUGCACGCUCGCUCGCCUGCUCUCUCGUUUUGUGUUACGGACACGCACGCAUACGGCAGACAAGAUGGUGUUGCGUUUAUGUGUGUAGUGGUACCUCGAAGGUCCACGUGUCGUGGAUCACGGUAGUGGUAACAGUCGUCCCCCGGCCGUCGUUCAAGUGUGCAUGAACCGUCGGUCAUCAUCUCCGCCGGCCGCCGCCGCCGCCGACGAGAGGAGAGUAGCGCUGGGGGAAAAAAAACGUAAAACAAGAAAACAAGCCGGGACAAGUUCGCUUUCGUUCGUCGGAUCCGCGUGAGUUUUGCGCGCCGACCGCAACCGGUGGCAAUUCGCAUUCGGUGCCAUCCUCCGGUACACGUUCCGCCGAAGCGAGCCGUUCUCCAGUUUCCCCGGAAGUUUCGUUUCAUUCGGAGGAGAGUGAGCGAGAGAGAGAGCGAUGCGCGACUCCGAGAGGAUUCGCGAAUUCCGCGGGGAUCGCUGAUUCCGCGCGAUCUGUGUGCGCUCGCCGCGGAUUUAUGCGAUUUAUCGAUCGCGCGGUUUCGAUAAGGAUAAAAUCGUACGCCGGUGCUUAUGCUCAUAUAGCUUCUUAUAGACUUUGCGAAACGCGGUGGCAGGUUGAUCGGUCGUCUCAAGGCUGACUGUAAGUAUAUAUAAAAUGUAAAUUUUUCCCGAUUGCUUUUAAUAACUGGCAGAAAUAGGAAAAAAAAAAAUGAUAAAAAUGCGGAAAUUCACAGCUCACGGUGAUAUUUACGACUAUUGGGCAUUACCAUUUUUUUUCUGAUGGAUCUUCUCACGCAAACAAUUAGUUUUAUUUUUUGUUUAAUGAUUACGCGGCGUUUUUAAAGACCUUCUAAGUAUAUAUUGAUCGCUGACAUAACAGCAAUCAUGAAUAUGAAUUGACGAUUGACAAUAUUGAUUUAUGCAAAAUUGACAAGAAUGCGGACUGAAUCCCUAUUAUCUCGAGCUGUCGUUUCGUGUUGUCACGGUUGCGGGAAAAUUAAAAAGAUAAUUGUUACCUUGCGAGAAUAUCUCACAUUUUGCGCUAAUAAACAAAGGUACGUAAUGGGUAUUAUAAUGUGGCCUCAAGAUUUCCAAGGCGCACGGGGAAAUAUUAUUUAGAUAUUCAUCUAAGUAAUGAAUCAUAAGAGCGAUUAACGGCCAAGCGAAGAAAUCCCGUGUAAUCUUGUAUAAUCCUCCGCUGGCAAUUGGUACCAUGCUUUUAGCGAACGGCAGUUCUCCGUGGAGAACGCGCUCUCUCUCGCUUUUCGCGAAAAUCUACCUGGACUCGCCGCCGUGAAGGCAUCGCCUCGUCUGAGGAUCCCUCUCCUAGGAUCCUUCGACGAUCAAGGAAACUCGCUCGAGCGACCGGCGCUGCGCCUCUGUUGGUCUUGGCGUUUCCGAGAAGAGCGAGCGAGAGAGAGAGCUUCUUCCUCAUGUCUUGUCUUGGCGAUUACUUUGUGCGGUCGCACACGCGACCCUGAACUUCCCCGCGCCAGAGGAGUCCUCUCUCUCUCUCUCUCUCUCUCGCUGUUCGCACACGAAUCCCGAGUUCCCAUCUGUCAAACGCAGAUGGUACCGCGAGAGGACAAUCAACGAGCGCCCGGAUGAACGAUUUUUUUCCUUGUCUCCCCAUCUCGCGCGCCCGGCUCCCCGUUCGUUUUCCCCGCGGAUUAAUUGUUCUCGCGCGAGACACGGACUCCAUUCGACACCUGUAUCGGCUCUUGUUCUCAUAGUGUUUCAUGUACAACCUCGGUGCCAUUGAAAUCGCACGUUCGUAAGAAAUUCAGCAUUAAAUAUCGCUGCUGCUCUCCUCAUUAAAGAUGAAGAUCGAUCAGCUAGGGCUUCUUCUUUGGAAGAACUAUGUCAUUAGGAAACGGCAGCCAGGAAUUCUGGCUCUAAUUUUUAUCUGGCCAGUUGUGGUUUUCAUGAUCAUGUACACGGUGAGCGAUAAUACCGAUCUUGAUUAUCAUCCGACGUGUCAGUUUCCCGCGAGGUCGAUGCCGCAAGACGGGCUGCUGCCUUUCGUGCAGAAUUACAUAUGCAGCGUCGGGAAUCCCUGCGAUCCGCUGCCGGAGUACGAGGAGGUGCCCACGUAUCAAAACACCACUUUAGGUCCCUUAAUCGGGGAACUGCAACCGAUGCUCAAUAAUGAGACGGUUAUCUCCGCCGUGGAAACGUUGCCGCAGAGUAUCAAACUGUUGAAGUCAAUGGCGGAAAUACUCACCAAGCCGGAAAUCAAGGCGCUUUUCGACAGGGGAAUCCGUUUGGGCGACUUGUUCAACAAUCACGAGCAAAUUAAGAGCUUAUUGAGAACUCAUAUGCCGGGAGCGAGGGAAGGUUUUAUCGACGGCUUAUUCGAGUCAUCCGUAAAAUUGAUAUAUUUAAUCAAAACUUUCGGUUCGUCCAAUAUAAACGGUGUCAUUUGCUCCCCGGAGAGCCUGAGGAACUAUUUGAUUGUAUCAAAAGAAGAGGACAUCACGGAGAUUUCUAACGUUCUUUGCAAUAUCGACUCGCUGGCAAUCCCUGAUAUUUUGGAAAAUCUCUCGAAACACCUGGACUUUACUGGUUUAUUGGAGAUGGUCGAUCGCGCGAUGGCGACAUUUCGCGAUUACGAUUUCUUCCAGGAUCUAAAGCGAACGACGGAGACGAUUCUCGAUUUGAAGAUAUCUAAGAAGUACAUACCCGAGUACUUGAGAAUCCGCGAAUGGCUGCCAAAAAUUAUGUUACUCUUCCGAAACGUAACAUUCAAGGAAAUUGAUCUGAACUUCAUCAAUAACGCCUUCGUGGUUCUCGAUCCCGUAUUUGCAUACGAACGGGACUGGCCGAUCGCGCGGAGCGGAUUAUUGAAAAUAAACAGGCUCCUGAAGAUGGUGAAGGAAUACGUCAAAAACAACGGCGAAGCCAGUUCCACGGAAGAUUUCUUCAGUGUGAUGAAUCGGCUGAGCGGAAAGAUAUCGUCUUUUUCCUCGAAUCCGGAGAAUUAUGAAAAUAUCACGCAAAUAUUGGACUUAGCCUCUCUGAUCCUGCAGGAUGGUAUGAAGCUCACUAACAAAUUGUUGGAUCGUCACGCGAGCGACUUUGAAUUAGCCGCUGAAGUUUUCGAUGGACUUAGAGGUUUCUUUUCUGAGAACAUAGUAAACUCAGCUACCUACCUUAUAUCACUGACGGAUAACAUCGUGCAAAUGACUCAUCACGUUGCUAUCGUUCACGAAGAAACUUUGCAGAGAUUAUACGAUAUCACGAAGAGACAUCAGAUUUUGGUCCAAAAGAUAGUGACAAAUCUUCAACCUGCUGUAUACAGAACGAUGAUUCGAUCCUUUUCCAGAUUAGAUUUCGUAGAGCGUUUCGUAGAAAAAUUGAAGAAAAGAAAACUCGAUGAUGUGUUCUGCCAAGAAGACACAAUGAGAGAGAUCUUCGAGAAUUACGUAGAGUUUGGAGACAAAUCUAAUGAAAUAAAUGAUUUAUUCUGCGGUAAUGAUGGAAGAAAAUUCAUUACUGACGUCUAUGACAGUUUUGAGUUCGACAAGUUUGGGAAAAUUGUGUCAAAUGCUUUAUCAACCAUGGUUUCCAUGGCAUUUAAACAAUUAGUCAAGGUCGAGAAUUCAAAUUUAACAUCUGUCGUAAGAAAUAUUAAAGGAUUCGUGAAUUAUUUGGACACGCGUAAAGUAACGUACUUAAAUUGGAGCAUUUUUCAAACUAGCGAUGAAUGGAAAAACACUUUCAAUGAAUUACAACUUCAAGGAAGAUUGGAUAUUUUAGGAAUUCAUUUGAGCAUAGCGAAGAUGCUGGGUUUUCGCAGUUUAUCGUAUACAUCCAUCAAACCAGAUCUAGAAAAUAUGGAUCUGUUAGCUGACAUAAUUUUGCAAGAUCUACGAAUUAAUCCUUCCAACUGGAUCGGAAAAGUACGCCAACACAAAGCUGAAUUAAUCGAAUCGUUUUAUCUCACCGUCACGGAUAGAAAAAAGGCGUUACAGAUCCUCGAGUAUUCUAAUUUCACGCGAUCAUACUGCGUGGAACCGAAUCCGCCGGAUUUGCUGAAUUUUCCUAAGGAAUCGAACAGCACGGUACUGAAGAAUCUGACGUGCUAUCUAUCCAAAACUGUGCAGAGGAAUCUGGACUUGAAUCUGACCAAACUCGAAAUGGAGGAAGCCACUUACAGGCAGAGGGAAUUUAAUUGGACCGCCUUCAACGAGAAGACAAUCGAGAUUUACAAAUAUGUCGAUACUCUGGUGCAUCAGGAGGAUCAGUCUUUAGAUUCGAAGAAACUGGAAAAAUUGAAACAAAACUUCAAGACCUCGUGGACGACGGACGUAACGGCGAAGGACGCCUGGGAGAUCAGCGUAGGUUUAAUCUGCAAGCUCUUCGACGUGAUGGAGAGCCCGCUGUUCAGGAUCCAAAGCAAGAAAAAUUGGAAAAACAUGUACGGGCUUGGGUGGGCGACCUCGGUGAUUUUCGACAAUAUCGAGAAGAUCGUCGAUCAGAUCCAGAAGCGCGAUCACGUGGCGAAGCUCUCCGACGUCUUGCGGGAGAUGCCGCAGACCGAGAUACUCGUCGGCACGUUCCUAAGAAAUUUAUCUCCGGUUAUUCUAGAUGUAGUCGACAUGAUAACUCUGCGGCCGGUGCCUCUUAUAUCGGCGCUCGAUGAUUAUAAGGAACGUGAGACAAUGUGGCCCUGCGUCUUCAACGAGAGCGUUGGCGCUGCGUUGGAAUUAAGAAACGGAAGCCGAGAAGUCGUUAGAGAACUCGAGAAGAUCGCUUGCGAUCCAAGUCUUUUCAUUAAGGAGUGGAGGGAGCAACCGAUAAUAAUGCGAGUCCGAAAAAUGUUUGAGCAGAAUGAAACUGCAGAAUUACCAUCAUUUAACUGGACUCGGGGCUAUACGAAUUUUCGGCGAUUAGUGACGAAGCUUGACGACUUGAUAAACGAUGCUAAAGAAGUCGUUUUAGCGGAAGAACCGCAAUUGGCAAAAUACUUAAAGACACUCGCGACAGAAUCGAAUAGCAUUGUCGAGGAAAGAUUUCCAGCCAUGCAAAGCGAUUGGAGAUAUACCUUGGAUCAUGUUGACCUAGAAAUGGACAAAGCUAUCAAGUCUUUCGGCAGCGAUCUUUCCGCAAGAGAGCUUUGGAAACCGUCAGUCAGCGUUACCGACCGCGUUCUUAUCUCUUUAAAAUAUAUAUCUCAUAUCAUUCACAAAAGCUCGCGCAUCAUAAUCGACAUAUUACAAAGCGGCACAGGGAAAAUCAGUUUGUUAUCCUUGUUAGGAUUCGACAAUACCUCCCCCGUUACUAUUUUCUACAAUCAAUUACCUUUUAUUCUAUCGACGGUGAUAAACGGGAUAUCCGAUCCUGUAAUGGACGAUCAUAUUGUCACAGCGUUAGAAAACAACAGCACAAUCACAUGUUCAAUGUUAUUUGAUUGGCUGUCGGAUUUUAAAGUCGGUCUGAGCAAUGAGGAGUACAGGACCUUGAAAAAUUUUACUUGCGAUCUCGAUCCCGAGAACUUCAACGUCUACACAGAUCUCUAUAUGGCGGAAGUAAUGAUUUGGAACAAACCCACCAGCAGGUAUCGUUCCUUUGUAGCUUCGAUAAUCGGCGAUUUGUACGAUGCCGCAGAAAGGAUCAGUCUCACCGUGAGGCGCAAAGUAACUAUCGAGCCGCUGUUUUCGAAAAAAUAUUUGGAGCACCUGCUCCAGAUGCUGAAAGAGAGUCUGGAGGUACGAAGCGAAGAGGGUACUUUCCACAAGGAAUUGCAGCCAGGUCAAGAUUGGUUGAAUUACAGAUUGCUGAUCGAGGGUAUGUCGGAGGUUCUGGUUCACAUUGGCAACGCGUUGAAAAAUGCCGAGUUACACGACUACAAAUUGGAAACUUGGCAAUUGGCGGAGAACGGCGACACGCGUCAAUUGCUGAAGAUUCUUGAAGCUUAUCCGGAAGAGACGGUCGCGUUGAUUGCUAUUCUCAGCACACUCGACUAUACGACCGGCGAUUUCGUGCCCUUCAAGGAUCUCAGGAAGACUAUGUGCACUCAGCAUUUCAAUUCCAAUUAUUGGUCAACGGCGAGGAAAACGCGCUUCCUGCAGGAAGUCUGCUCGUUCGAUCCCUAUCAGCUAUUGAAGACCGCCACGAGCGACGAGUACUAUGAGGUUGUUACCGGUCGAAAAACUGCUCUAUCGAGAUCGACGCCGUUAACUUUGACAUUAACAAGAUUAUUGGAUAUUGUCUCGAAUUUUACCGUCGCAUCGCCGGGAGCGAGUCUCAGCUCGAAUAUUUUCAAUGUGACAACGUGGAAGAAUCUGUCCAACGAAACCUGGGCCCUGAUCUUGAAGUCUGAAAAAUCCUGGAUCCACCAGUACCGAAACUCGGCGUGGUACCGACUCAACGUGACAUCGCACGGUGAUAUAGAUUAUCUCGUCGGGUCGAGGAGAAUGUUUCAGCUUUUAGAAUCCGCGGUCGAUCUCACAUUCGGCGGUGAUAUCUGGCAGAAGCUGCGCGUCAUGUACGAGUCCUCAAAGCUACAGCCGCUACUAACACUCGUGGAGGAUAUGCCUAAUCUUCUUAUCACCGCCGUCGAUACUUUCGUCUCGUCCGAGAGACUGGAUGACUUCAUGCAGAAGCUCUUCCUCGGCCAGGUGCACCCCUGCAAUAUCGAUCGGUAUCUGAUCCCGCCCAGCUACAUGAGGAAAAGGGGUUUGCUGGCCAGCAUUACGAACUUCUGUCAGAAGAUCGUCAUGAGUAACGAGCAAUUGACAUGGACGGAUUUGUUGCCAUUCAAUAAAAAAUACAAUAAUUUUACGCCCGGUAUGCCAGAACCGGAAUCCGUUUACGAAGAACAACUGUUGCAAAGCGUUCAGAGAUUUCAAGACACUUUGAUUCGCGAUAUGUCGGAAGGCUUCAAGCAGCCGAAGAUUCCUGCAUGGUGGACGUCGUUCGAAGAGGGUACCCUAAAAGACUUUAACGCGCAAUAUAAGAAAAAGGACUCGAAGACUUUGGCAUAUGCGAUGGUGAAAAAGUCAAUGUCAGUUUUGAAACACUUUUUGGAGACUCAAGAGAGUGCUGAAAAUUGCACGUGGUGUUCGACGCUUUCACUAGAGAUUUUAAAUUCUCAGUUGGUGUACCAUAAUCUCUACUCAAAACUACUCUGUCGAAUGAAUCGAUUAAACAUAACAGAGGUGCAUAACAUUUUGAUAAACGAUUUCAAUUGGAACAAAACGGCCAGUAUGGUCAAAGAUUACAAAUAUCUCAAUAAGAAGAAGACGCUAGACGAGUACUUAAACACGCUCGAAAUUACCUUGCAUUAUAUCGCCGACAUCGUGAUCGAUUUUCAAAACGAGACGUACAGUAACAGAGUAAACGAGUGCUAUAACAAAUUUGUCGGCGGUCCUACGUAUUCCAGGCCGGGGUUGUAUAUUACGCUCCUUCUAAGCGUACUGGACAUGUUGGAGAAAAACGUUUACAUUCUGGACUCGGCGUCCAUCCACGAGGGCAUCAAUAAUUUGACGAGAUUAGCCGAGAAACACGUGCCGAUCUGGAAGCCGUUGCGCGAGGUGGUGAAGAAGUCCGAUCUCGCCGAGAUCGACGCCGCGUUACCGAACGCGACUAUCAACGUGAACGCGUUUCUAAGCGAUCUGAACAGGACGGGCUUGUGCAGGACGAAGAUCGAUUGCCAGAACGCGACGGUUUUGUAUAAAUUUCUCAACUCGAAGAGAGCGGGCAAGGUUUUCCGUUACGAUCCUAAGGCGUCGAACUAUCCGUCGGUGUCCGACAUUUCGAGCCAAUUGGCUCGUAGUCUGGAUGUGGAUCUCAUAAGUCGGCAACUGUAUUUCUGGCGCACGGAGGCUUCCUGGAAUCUCUUCUGGCUUAAGGAGAUCCUGAUUCAUCUAUCCGCGAUCCUCGAAGAGGGUAGAAAUCUACUGGACGUCGCUAGUAAAAUAGAUUUCGAGGACAUUACCGGCGUUCUCGGAGUUCCCGAUCUCGUCGAGGGCAUCGUCAACGUAGUGAAGGAUAAAACAGUCGACAAAUUAUUCGACGGAAUGAAGGAGCUCCUCGAAGAUGUUGAGCCGUUCAUAAGUAAUCACGAAAUAAUCGACGAUUUGAACACAAUAAUCACGACAUUGGAGUCGAUGGAGAUUUUCAAGAACCUAGGACUGCUGGAUAUGAAAUACGUUGUCAGAGAAAUGUUCGACAAUUGGGACUUUGUACGAACGUACUUGGUCGACAAAAUAAAUAUUACCAACGAGAUCGCUCUUACUUUGGGCCAGGCCAAGAUAGACAUGAUUUCAGUCUUCAUGCAAGAACGCGGGAUCGUCAGUCUGAAGGAUACCAUUUGCUCACCCGAAAAGCUCAGCGACAUGUUGCAUUUCGAUAAUAAUAUUGUGACUGCCGAGGAGGUUAGCUCCACUCUCUGCCAAUUGGAGGACUCCCAGACGCAAGAUAUCGCUAUCAUGUUGAUGAAGAACUUGAACUUUGAUUAUAUUUUUAGAAACUUAAUGAGCGCUAACGUCAAGAGUAUAUUGGCUAAUGCAAAUCUAACGGAGACCGAGGGGAAAAUUAUAUUGGACAAUCUUGGCGUUGCUGCGGAACUGUUUCCAUUUUUCAAAGACAAACUGGCAGCGACCUUUUCUUCUUUCGCAACAGACGAAAGUAACGCGAAAGAAACGGAUGAAGCGCCAGACAAUUCGCAGUUUCUGAAAGAUUCUAGCAAAUUGCUUUGUGGUAGAACAUUGAUUCAAGACGAAGGACAAAUGUACAAAAUUAUCGCUAGCUUAAAGGACAGUAACAAGGAGUCCGAUCAGAAGGAGCUUGAAUCUUUGCCAGACACUUGCAAAGAAACGUACAAAACUGUACUCGCUAUACCUGGCGGAAAGAUCGUCUGGUCGUACGUUAAGCCCCUCUUGCGCGGGCAGAUUCUUUACGCACCCAAUACCCCUGUGAUCAAUGAGAUCAUGGCGUUGACAAACAAUACCUUCGUGCAGAUGGAACACUUUGGCGUAUUAGUGGAAAGUAUCGAGAAGAGCCUUAAAGCUCUGGCCAAUCUUACGGAGAUGGGCGACUCUUUGAAAGAAUUACAGAAUAUAAUGUCCUCCGACGUCAUGAAGGUUGCAAUUAAAUCAAUGGGCGGUGGCAAUUUUGAAGGUGAUCUUUCCGAGUUGAAUAUCAGCGAGAUCGCAUGGCGGCUGAAAAAAUCGAAGAAACUAAUCUCAAUGAUCGGCAUGCUGAACAGCAUGAUGGGAUGCGUGCUCGUGAAUAGGACAAUAGGUUUCCCCACGGAAGAAGAAUUAGAAGUAGCAGCUAGUCGAUUGACCGAGACAAACGAGUUUCUGGCCGGAGUGAUUUUUAUGAACGACGCUUCCUCGCAUCCAGCGAAGAGAUCCCUGGAAUCCGAAUUACCGGACGAUAUCACUUAUAAGAUUCGCAUGGACGUGGACUAUGUGCCGUCCACCACAAGACUGAAAACUCAAUUUUGGAUUCCCGGGCCCGAAAGUAGCUUCAUCGAGCAUCUCAGGUAUCUCCGAGGUUUUAUUCAACUGCAGGACUCUGUCGAUCGUGCGAUUAUAAAAGUGAAGACCCGAAGAUACGAUCUCAACUGGAGGACAGUCACGCAACAGAUGCCGUAUCCGUGUUGGAAAGAAAUACCAUUUCAAACGACGCUUUACGAGUCUCAGGGCUUGCAAGUAUGCUUCUUCUUUGCGUUAAUGAUGUGCGUUGGAUCGGCAGUCAGGCAUAUCGUUUGGGAAAGAGAAUCACAAAACUCUAUGGUAAUGAGCGUAAUGGGAUUGAAGCCAUGGCGAAACACCCUGGCUUGGUUCAUCACGUCUUACGCGGAGGUGUCGAUCGUGAUGAUUUCCAUCUCCAUAAUUUUACUGGCCGGAAAAAUUCUUCCACGAUCGGAUCCUUUUUUGGUGCUUAUUUUACUUUUUGAUUACAGUUUCUCCGUGGUGACUUUCUGCUACAUGAUCUCGACGAUGUUCAGCUCCGCCAGUCUCUCCGCUGUUACCACAGUAAUUAUGUUCCUAUUAACUUAUAUGCCGUACAUGAUUGUUAUCGCCAUGGAGGCUGUAUUUGGAUUGGGAUUCAAACUUUUCAUCUGCCUGAGCAUGUCAACCAGUUUCUGUUACGGAUGUCUGUUCACGGUGCGAAAGGAAGUUCAAGGCGUCGGUUUAUCUUGGGCAAAUUUGUGGGAGGAAUCGAACCCUGGUGAUUCAAUGACUCUGGGACUGUUGUUAAUAAUGAUCGCAUUAGAUGGGUGUCUGUACGCUGUGAUCGGCUGUCUAAUCGCCAGAUACACCGAUUCAGGUAGGGGCUUUCACGGUUUGAGAUCCCGUAGCUUAUGGUGGGCCGACACACGCUCUCUCUAUGGCAGACCGAGCUACCUCGCCUUCGUCAACAACCUCUAUUUCACUAACGACGUUCUCCAUCCCUCAGCCACUUACCAAGAUGACGAAAGCGAUCUUAGUAACUUAACGGUCACGGAGAAGCAAAUCGGCGUGAAAUUUGAAAGUGUCAGGAAGGUCUAUAAUACCGAACGAGGUGACGUCGUCGCCGUGGAGGACUUCACUUUAAAGCUCUGCGAGGGCGAGGUGACAAGUCUGCUUGGGAGAAACGGUGCAGGAAAGACUACUAUUAUCAAGAUGUUGACCGGGAUGGUAGCACCGACCAAUGGCGAAAUUUGCUUAAACGGAGAGGAGGGCUGCAAGCCUGAUAUAGGAGUCUGUCCUCAAGAAAACGUGCUGAUCGGAAGUCUGACACCGAGGGAGCACUUGGUCUUUUAUUGGAAGCUCAAGAGACCUAAUGACGAUAAUAACAAUAUGCAGAGAAACGUUAACGGAAUGCUAGCCUCUCUGGAACUCGGACGCCAGGAACACGAGCCCGUGUCGCGUCUGUCGGGCGGUACACGACGCAGACUCUGCGUGGCCCUGGCCUUCCUCGGUUCCCCACGUUUGGUGAUCCUGGACGAACCUGGUGCCGGUGUAGAUCCCGCGGCCCGACGACGAAUCUGGCGGCUGAUCGAUCAACACAGGAUCGGUCGAACUGUGCUCCUCUCGACUCAUCAUCUGGAUGAGGCCGACAUGCUGAGCGACACGGUUGUGGUGAUGCACAAAGGGAAGAUCUUAUGCACCGGUUCACCACUGACAUUGAAGGUGACACACGGCACGGGAUACAGAUUGAAUAUAGCUUUCCCGCCCGAUCAUUAUCCCAACGGGGAGGUGGGGAUAGGAGGCAUAGCAGAGCCGGUUGACAAGAAGAAUCUGAAGGCUCUUCGUACCGUGGUCGAGGAGAUCAUGCCAAACUCCACGAUGAACGAGGUCUCCGAGUCAGAGGUCACCAUCAUGUUGCCUUUCCAGGGGAAAAAUGGCAUUAACAAUGACAUCGCGCAAGUGGCGAAGGCGCUGGAGGACAACCAUAAGCUUUUGGGAUUCUCGCAUUUCUCAUUGGAGUGCGACACUCUGGAAAGAGUCUUCUUGGAUCUUUGCGCGCGAGCAGACAACGGAUCGAGUGUUAUCAGAGCGAGUCAAGAUAGCGUUGUUAAUGUAGAUCAUGGAGCUCCAACGUUAGAUGACAACGUCGAUUUAAUUACCGACAUGGUAUUGAAGCCCUCGCCAAUUCGACAGAUGAAAGCCAUGAUAAAAAAGAGGAUAUGGCAUUUUGCGAGAGACUGGAGAGCGCCGUUGGCCGCGCUCGUAUUGCCAACCAUGUUCGUCGCAGUUGCUAUGGGAUUUUCUCUGAUACGGCCACCGUCCGAGAACGAGCCGCCUCUGGCUUUAACCCCCAAACUUUACGACACUCAACCGACUUACUUUUACAGUAUCAACAGUAAUGAUCCGUUCCUACAACAUGUGUCUAUGCAGCUGCACGAUCGCUUCGGGGAUGAUUAUGCUGGCGCAUGGCAAACCUUACCCAAUGAUACCGGAACUUGCGAAUGUAUAGAUGGCCAACAAACUUGUCGAGGACUUUCCAAACCCAUUGAGGGCCUUCUUCAAACUCUACCUGGUCGACCUACUUUGGAUUGGAUCGUUUCAACGCAUCAGGAAUACAUAGAGAGACGGUACGGCGGUUGGUCUCUGUCGCACUCCAAGGAGGAUCCCCUUUUUAUUGUUUGGUACAAUAACAAGGGCCACCAUGCCAUGCCGGGGUACCUGAACGCCCUCAACGAGGCAAUCCUGCGUGCGUCCGGGAUACAAGGGCACUUAACCACAUUCAAUCACCCCUUGAAGCUAUCGAGCGAUCAGUUGAAUCGAAUGACGAUAGUGCAGCACGUGGCGGAUGUCGGCGUGGCGUUGGUGCUUCUGAUAGCUUUCAGUAUGGUUGCAGCGCAGGGAACGAAGGAGAUAGUCAGAGAACGACUGACAGAGGAGAAGAGAAUACUCUAUCUGGCCGGGGUUCAUCCUAUUACGUAUUGGACGACAAUUUUAAUAUGCGACUUCAUAGUAUUCAGCUGUGCUCUGUGUCUAGCGGUCAUUGUUUUCGAGAUCUUUGGUUUGUCGGCCUAUGUUGCGAGAGAUAAUCUGGCCGGUGUCUGUCUCAUAUUAAUUCUGUUCGCAUGGGCGGCGUUACCAUUUUCGCAUCUAGCCGAAAAAGCGUUCGACGACUCGAGCCUGUCCAACAUGGUGCUCUUCUGCGUAAAUACCUUCAUAGGCGUGGUCUGCCUAGCGACUAUUUUGGUCCUCGACAUCCUCGGCAAAACCAAAGCGGCCGAAGAUGUGAGGAACAUGCUGCAUCACAUUCUAAUGAUCUUCCCGCAAUACAUUCUCGCCGACGGGUUAGUCGCGAUCACGAGGAACGACAUCACCGCCGAAUUGUUGCAGAGAUUUCACAUGGACACUUACAAGUCUCCCCUCAGCUGGGACCUUCUCGGCUACCACUUCGUCUCCCUGUUUAUAAUCGGCACGAUUUUGUUCGUGCUGAAUCUGAUAAUCGAGUGUCGAGUCCUGCCCGAUCUGAGGAGACAGAAGGUCACUUACGAGACAGUGCAGGAGGACGAUGACGUUGCUAGGGAGAGGCUGAGGAUCGAGACCGGGAUGGUCGACGAUACUCUGAAGACUAUGAAGCUGCGGAAAGAGUACAAGAGCGUGUACGGGACGAAUGUCGCUGUGCAAAAUUUAAGCUUCGGCGUACAGGCCGGGAAAUGUUUCGGCCUCCUGGGGGUGAACGGGGCGGGAAAAAGCACGACGUUCAAGAUGCUGACAACGGAAAUCGUUCCUACGGCCGGGAAGAUUAUUCUGAAGGGGAACGAGAUUGGCGCGGGGCCCUUAUGCAACGGCGAGGUCGGCUACUGCCCUCAGAGCGACGCCCUGGACGGAUUCCUCACGCCCCACCAAUGUUUGACGAUUCAUGGUGAAGUUUGCGGAUUGAGCAAUGUACCGAAGGCGGUAGAGACAACGUUGAAGAGGUUCGAUCUACUCAAGUACGCUCAUCGAAGGGUCUCCGGCCUCAGCGGCGGUAACAAAAGGAAAUUAUGCGCUGCAAUAAGCGUUAUGGCUCCUGCCGCAGUAAUCCUCAUGGACGAGCCCACGAGCGGAAUGGAUCCUGCGACGAAGAAUCUCGUGGCCAGAGCCGUGAGACAAGUGACGAGGAGUCAAGGAUGCGUCAUACUGACGUCGCACAGCGUCGCCGAAUGCGAGAAUCUCUGCACGAGGGUAGGCAUUCUCGCCCGAGCCGGUCUCAGGUGUAUAGGAACACCGCAGCAUUUGAAGCACAAAUUCGGCGAAGGAUACGUCGCCUUUCUGAGAUUCGGCCAGCCGGUUUCCGCCGCGGAUCUUAGGAGGGUUAUCCUGAAAUAUCUGCCGCAGGCGAUGAUCUCCUCGAGGCAGGCGACAGCUGCACGGAUCUUGCUGCCGCGGAGCCAGGACAUGGCGCUCAGCGUGAGCUUCAGCAAGCUGAAGCUGCUCGCGGAGGAGCUUAAGGCCACCGACUACACGCUCACACAGAGCUCGUUGGAUCAGGUUCUCGUGACCUUCUCGGAGGAGCUGGACGACGACGCCGUCGACGUGGUUGUCUUCGGCCAGAACAGCAGAAACAGCGUGCCCAAUAUGUACUCCAGCAUGGAUACCAUUCACAUGGACACGUUUUGA